AUGGUUCGACUCAGUGGGAAAAGCGUCCUCUACCUUCCCCAGGAUUACACCCCAGGAUCGCUGGUCCUGCCAACGUGUCUUCGGGCAACUGCUCAACAUCUCUCGCAGCACGUAACCACGAGGGGUAUUUUCCGAAUUUCUGGGUCGGUUAGAGUAGUAAAUACUCUGUUCGACUACUACUGUUACUCAAAUAAUGGGGGAUCAGAUGUCUCCAGCACCGUCCGUUGCGCCAACCUGCCAUCGCACAUCGAUUUCUCUAUCCACGAUGUUGCUUCCACCUUCAAGCGCAUGAUAUCGACACUUCCCGGUGGUAUCCUUGGAACCUUGUCCAUUUUCGAUGCGCUCGUAGCGAUUCAUGCACAGCUGCGUGGCGAUCCAGAAUUCCCACGAACAAAGCAAACCAAAGUUCGUGCCAGGCUCAUUGCGCUAGCUAUUGGGGCUAUCGAGUCCCAGUUUCGGCGAGAGCUCAUCUGCGCCGUCUUUGGGCUCCUAAGUUUGAUCGGAAGGGUAGCGGAAGUAACCCCAAGAGAGGAUGAGGGUGGAAGGCCACUGCCGACGGGUGAUUUGAUGGGAUACAGUGCCCUCGGUAUUGUAUUUGGGCCAUUGUUGGUGGGAGAACUAUUAGAUCAGUACGAUAUGAACUUCGCGACGCCAUCGAACGGUAUGCUCCUUUUACCACCAGGGGCGAAAAAGAUACGACAAGGCCGACGAAAACCCGCUCCGUCGGAGAAUAAUCUAGUGGGAGCUCAAACAAUCAACAAGGUGAACAUCGUCAACAGUAUCACUGAGAUGCUCAUUGCAAAUUGGCGUGACGUGGAAGGACGUGUCGAAUCCUACACUGCGCAGUGGCUCGCUUCGCCCAUCAUUCUCGGAGUCAUACACAGCGCGGAAACCGCCUCGAGGACGAGAGCCUACCCAAAGGGAGUCCGGUGUUCAAGCAGAUCGAGACAGAAGCCCGGUUUUUGA